AUGAGAAAACCAUGCAUUCCAGAGUUGAUCUUUCAGAGGACGUUUCCCAAACCGAAGCCAGGGGAUCCAGUCUCAUUCUACGCUCAUAUCCAACGUAAUAUCGUGGGUGAGGUUCGGGUUGAAGUACAAAACUAUUACGGGGCGCUCGACACCCUAGAAGCACAAUACCCUGGCCUCGACUACACUUUCCCCCCUCACCGCCGUCGACUGUCCAGAUAUCCCUGGCAUAGACGUCUUUUCCGCGUCUUCGACGAAUUGGGGUUGACAGCCGACGAAAUCCUGAAUUUGUGUCAAUGGGAAGGAACAAGAGCGGCCAAGGAGAGAUACGAACGUGAGGCAGGUGUCGAGGUCAGGACUACUACAGCCGAUGAUGUCGUCGCGGCAUUGCCUGGAAAUGGUCCCAGAGCAAUCUUCGAAGAUUCAUCGCGCUCAGCCUCCGUCGACCGAGUGUCUUCGGAUAGCGAGACACUCGUAGCAACUCCGGAAAAAGGACAAGGCAAGAUCAAAGACGUGGACACUCUCACAUCAGUACCAGAAGAAGGGUUUAUCCAUUUGCUACGCGAUGCUAUGCAAUCUCGCCUGCGAGGAGAUCCUUCGGCCAUCAACCAAGCAUGGGAGGAGUGGCUUACAGAAAUUUUGGAGCGGUACGACGAAAUUGACAUUGACCUGAUCAUGACUGCGAUCCGCAAUCUGGAGCCGGAGACACUGAGAGCCAUUCAACAAGCGGGCGGGGAUACUGAAACCUCAUCACGGUCCCGUACUCCCCAAUCUCAAGAAGAUUCAUACCACGAAGCCGGUCAUCUUGACCUGGUAGAGACCGAUUCCACUCGCGUGUCUGUCGACGGCGCGUCCCUGUCGAUUUUCGCACGGCGAUCACAAACAGAGGCGGCCAGGUGA